AUGGGAGAAUCCUUCACGACGUUCUCCAGAGAUCUCGCCAUUGAAACAUGGAUUCUAUAUGUCAUUGGGUCUCCGGCUGUGAUCGACGAUUUCCAAUGUUCCACUUACUUCAACCACAUGAUUGUGUCCGCAGUUUUCAAUAUUUCUUCUGACUUGAUAAUGCUGUGCAUCCCAUUACCCCUGUUCAUUCGAUCCCGGCUCCGCCUGGGCAAGAAAAUUGCUGUGUGUGGCGUGUUCGGUCUUGGGUUUAUUGUUGUUUUAAUGGCCGUUCUAAAUCGAUACUACAGCCUGAGCACUCUCGGUUCAAUGGUCUUCAUGAGAUGGUAUGCGGCUGAGUUAUCCACCGCAGUCUACGUCGCCAAUCUCCCCUUAAUGUGGCCACUCAUCCGUGUGAUCUUCCAUUUAAAAACCCCAGAAUACUCCAACUACCCGGAGCCACUACGUACUGCACCUCUGCGCGGGCGAACAGCAAUCCGAAACGUUACGACAUUUACUACAUUUACGACACACCAGGGCAGCUCUGGCGAGUCCAUCAUGCGCGUUUCAGAAGGCCAGUUGCACAGCCCGACAGAUGCAAAUGAGUUAUCCUGGGCCACUCUGGAAGAUAGGGGCUAUCGGCCCGCACUCAACGCCGAUGUGGAAUCGAAUCAACGGCAGCAGCGGUUAGAGGAUAUUACAGUGCGAAGAACGGUGGAGGUCACGUAUCAAUAA